AUGCAAUUCAAGAAAUUUUCCUUAACUGUCUUAGCCACUUUAACUGUUGCCAAUUCUGCUGCUGUCACUACUACUAAAUCUACUUCUUCUGUUUCCGGUUAUGUAGCUGGUGAACCAUAUUCUACUUUAACUCCAUCUGGUACCUGGUCAUGUGGUAUAACUAACUUUACUUCUACCUUUGGUAUUGCUGUUCAAGCCAUUACUGAUAGCGCUAUAUUAUCAUCUGUUUCCGCUAAACCUGUCCAAACUGGCCAACCAACCACUACAUCUUCUGCCUCUACCACCACUUUAUCCCCAUCAUCUUCCACAUCUUCUAUUUGUACAGCUACUUCUACAUUUGCCCCAAGUGCAGUCUCCUGUUCCAAUGAUGGGACUUUACAAUUAACUUUGCAUAAAGGUAUUCUAACCGAUGAAAAGGGAAGAAUUGGCUCCAUUGUUUCUAACAGACAAUUCCAAUUUGAUGGUCCAACCCCACAAGCUGGUGCCAUUUAUGCUGCAGGUUGGUCUAUUACUGAAGACGGUUACUUGGCUUUAGGUGACAGUGAUAUCUUCUACCAAUGUCUUUCUGGUAACUUCUACAACUUAUAUGAUGAAAAGAUUGCAGAACAAUGUUCUCCAAUUCACUUAGAAAUUGUUAGUUUAGUUAAAUGUUAA